AUGGCUGACGAUCAGCUCGUUGCAGGGGACGACACGAUCACCGAUCUUGGUAAAUACGUGCUUGACGACAUCCCUGAUGGCGCCCUGCCAGAGCUUACCGGAGAGCCUGCUGCUAAGAAGCAGUGCGGUGAAGGGACAUCCUCUGGUCCUGCCGGCCCCAGCACUUCUACUGCCGCGCCGCCGGCGCCUCCGCCGAUGCAGCGCUCCAAUUCCUCCGGCAGCUCCGCGGCUACGGCCCCCUCGUCCUCUCGUCCGUCGGCCCCACCAAGGCCGAGGUCUACUCCGCCCGCUCGCCCUCAGCCCCCUGCCCAGGAAGCCGCGGCUGAACAGCCUUCUUCCGGCUCUGCUUCCAACCUGGCCCUCUCGGUGCGCUACCGCCAUCUUCGCCGCCACCGCCCCUCAGUGGGUACUAAGCUCCGAUCCCUGACGCGGGACACACAAACGCUGGUGGCCGUAAUGUUUCCGGAGUGCUCUGAGGAAGUCCGGGAGAGCAUCCUCGCCCGUAUUGCAGCCGCCCUUCCCGGCCCGGCGGCCUUCAACGGCGCCGUACCGCAGUUCGACGCGGCCUCGGGCGAGCCGCUUUGCCUGCCGUGCAGGUCAUACUUCCGCCACAUGUAUUCCUGGGCUUCGGUUGCUGAUGCUCGCACCUUCCGUGGGCUGUUCGCGAACCCCUUCCUGGUGCGAAUCCACAACAGCCGCCCGAUCGAAUUCAAGAUCCACACCGAUCCUUACCCUGUCUUCACGGCAGCCAAGGCCCGCAGUGACACGUAUGUGGUGAUUCGGAAUGUGCCACUCGGCGUCCAGGCCGCGAACCUACGCCAGUCCCUGCUUAACGGCAAAACCGAUGACAAUCUUCCCUGGCUUGCGGACCUCCUGCACUUUCACCGGCUCAAAGACCCCUACGACGGAUUGCCUUACUCGCAGAUGCUCGGCCUCCCCGUCGCGGCUGAAGGAGACCCGUCCUUUCAGCACAUCUCGGCUAUUCUCUGGAUCCCGGAUCAGGUGGAACAUGCCUUCCUCAACAUCUCCAGCCACUCGUGCUCCCUGUGCUCCAGCAACCAUCGGCUCGAGGAUCAUGCCUGCUUCGCUAUCACCCGACGCAACCGGGUCUCCAAGAGCUGGGCUCCCUCUUCCCUUUCAUCGCCAGUAUCUAUUACUUCGUUCGUUCCCUGCCAAUCAGUUUCUGGCAAGCUCCUCGACCAGCACGCUGCUUCGGCUGCCUUCAAGAAGGAUCCAGGCCUGCUCCUCAUCGGUCUGGACCUCGAUGUGGAGGUCUGGGCCUGCUCGACCUGCGACUUCGUGUGUGGACUCGCGCUCGACAGUGCGAUGUUCCACCUCAACUCCGAGCAGCACCGUACCAAGCUGCAGGACCCUGCGCUCCAGAACACCACCAAGGACAAGUACGGGGCCUGGAAGGCCGAGACCUUAGUGCAGCACCCCCGCAUCAAGGCUCUUCAGCAGUAG